CUCCCGCCAAAUCUGACUGACGACGGGCGCGAGUCAGCAAGGAGAUCCAAAGGGAGCGUGUGUGAGAUGCGGAAAGAAUAACAUGUAGCUACUUAGUCUUAAAAAUAGUAAAACCCAGUCAACUGUAUAGUAUAUUUUGCAGAAUAACAGUGUUACUCUGGAAGACCUGUCAAUAUUGCGACAUCAUAUGGUUUUGUUAUAUUGCCACUGUUUUCCGCACAAGGAUAUCAAAAGUGAGGGAAGUCUCGGAUGGUGAUGCUGGCGGCGGAAGAUCCAUCUGUGGACGGGCAUUUAGCAUCCACUCCACGGAGGAGAGGUAUGGAUGGCAAAGUCAAACCCAGCAAUGCCAAUAAGAAGCUUGUUCAGGCUCGCCUUCCAUUUAAGCGUCUGAACCCAGAGCCCAAAGAGACCAGUGAACCCAAAAGAACUCGUGCCCUUCCCUGCCCAGAGCCUGGGCUAUCAUAUGGGGAGAAUGAAUCUGAAAGUUCCCCGCUACCCAUGCAUCACGGACCAGCCCUGGUUAACGGCCGCGGACCCCUGGAUGGAUUCAUGAGUAACAGCAGCCAAACUUCCCCUGACAAAAUAAUAGUUGUUGUUCUCACUGAGGACUUCAAUUCAACUGACCCUCUAAAGCAGCAACCUGCGACACCCAUUUCUGCCUCGUGUCCUCCCACAAAAAACAGCCACCAGAGCAAAACCCUGAGUGCUGUAACGGCCACCAAAACAGGGCAAUUAGACUGCAAGGUGGGGGAUGAACAGGAUGGGGAGGACACUGCAUCAAUCUCACAGCUAGAUACAACACAGGGAUCUGACAUAGAGGAAGAGUCUGUCAUCCCUGAUAUGUCCAGUCAUUGGAAUGGGUCCAAGCUGUCUCCUUCAUCCACCAGCGCUCUGUCAGCGGCCGAGAGCUCCCCAGAGGCUGCCAAGACGGAGAACAAUCCUACUGUCACGGAGCCACAUUCCACCCCUAAAAUAGAGCAGAAAACUGUGAAAAGACGCUCUAUAAAGAAUUUGCAGGAGCAAGAGGAAAGGCUACACCAGCGCCAAGAGAGAGAGUGGCAGCGGGAGGAGGCUAAAGCUGUUAAAGAGAAGAAAAAAGAGGAGGCCCGCAAACUGAGAGAGGGGGAAAGAAAGGAGAAAAGGGAGAAAGAAGAGUGUGAAAAAAGAGAGAGAAAAGAAAAAGAGGAAAAGGAAAAAGAAGAGAAAUUAAGAGCGAAAGAGGAGCAUCGCAAAUCGAAGCAGGAGGCAAAACUUGAAGGCAAGAGAAAGAAAGAGGAGGAGAAACGGUUGAAAGAAGAGAAGGAUAGGCUCAAAGCAGAGAAAGCAGAGAUAACACGAUUCUUACAGAAACCAAAGACUCCUCAGCAGGCCACAAAGACCCUUGUGUCUGCCUGUGGAAAGUUUGCUCCAUUUGAGAUAAAGGAGCACAUGGGUCUGGCGCCGCUGACCCGGGUCCAGUGUGAGGAGGCAGUCCUGGAUGAACUGGACCGGUACCUGGCUAAACCUGAUGGAAGUCUGCACGGCCUGAGGGACUGGACCAGAAAUGAGCCCCGCAGAUCAGGCCGAACCAAGCCCAGAAGCACAGACUCUAUGAGGGAGUGUAUAGUGGUAGUUAAGGGGCCUAAACCGGACGGUGUGCCUGACCGGCAGUGCUAUGGCCGCAUGAAGCUCCUUCAGUUCCGUGAGAACUACCGGCCUGCCUACUGGGGCACGUGGAGUAAAAAGAGCCCCCACAUCUCCCCACGUUACCCUCUCAGACAGGACAAGGACCUGUUGGAUUAUGAAGUAGACAGUGAUGAGGAGUGGGAGGAGGAGGAGCCAGGAGAGUCCCUGUCACACAGUGAAGGGGAGGAUAAUGAUGAGGGAGGUGAAAAUGACGACGACGAUGAGGAUGGUUUCUUUGUACCCCAUGGUUACCUAUCAGAUGGGGAGGGGGCAUUGGAGGAGGAAGAGGAGGGUGGCGACCCAGAGAAGCAGAAAGUUCGUCAGAAGCUGAAGGCCCGGGAGUGGGACGAGCUGAUGGCCAAGAAGAAGGUGAAGGUGCUGGAGGCGGUGGUGAGAAGCUGUGUAUGGGAGGGAGAGGGUCCUCCUCUGGAGCUAUUCCAGCAAUUCGCUGUGUGCCUGGUAGAACCCCUGCCAGAGGCGGAGCCCACCACCCCAGAGGACUACGCACAGAAACUACAACAGAAACUACAAGAAGAUGAGCAGCUGCUGUCCCAGUUGCUGCCACUGCUCCAUGGAAAUGUGAACAGCAAUAAGGUGAUCAUCACAGAGUUCCAGGAGUUUUGUCGCCAGAAAUUGACCUCUACUAUUUCCAGCCCCCAGAACUCGGGAGACAUCCCCACCAGGACCCGUCUGAAGCGCCUUAUCAAGGGAAAUGCCAUGUAUGAGAAGCGCUCGGCCUACAGACGCUGCUGCUGGUACAUACACACAGAGGUCCUGGCUCGCUUCAGCCAGGAGGCUCUCCCUGUGCCCUGCCAGUGGAACUACCUCACCUCUGGGGCCCAUGUGUCGCGUGAAGAAUCCUCUGCGGCCACAGGCUCGCAGGGCAACUCCCCAACCACCCCACAGACCUCCAAUACACCCUCCUCCUCCAGCAAGACUCCCUCAUCCUCCAACAAGAGGAAGAGUGCCGGCAGCAUGUCCAUCACCAAGUUCAUGAAGAAGGCUGCCGACCCUGAGCAGGCUCAUGAGAUGGAUGGGUUCCAAGCAGACACCGAUGAGGAUGAAGCAGACUGCGUCAUAAUCCUUACACAGAAAGGAUCUUCCAGAAAGGAUACCUUUCCCACAGAGAAUGAGAGCACAGAAAAAAUGGAGGUGACCCCCUCUGAUACGACUGCUCUCCCCCUGCUCCGGCCCAUUCCCACCCCGGCCACCGCCUAAGAACUGCCCCCUGCCUCUGGGGGUGUGUACCCAGUGUCAGAUAGAAUCAGGUCUUCAAUCAAGAUAACAUUCUGUUGUGGAACACAUGCCACCCACACAGUAUCACUUUCCACUCUGCUCCUCUAAGUACCAGACAUCUGCGUGUAAAAAUGAAAGUGUCUGACCGAGAAACUUAUUAGGGCAUGGUAUAUUUAAGUCCAAUGCUCAACCAUUUUAUUUCUUGGUUCAGUUGGAGUGUCAGACAUGUUUAUAUGGAUGUCUUUGCUUGGUGAGGAGUGGAAGGUGGCUCAGACAGUCAAGACUCUCCUACUGUGGUAGAUUGGGUGGCCAUUCUAGUAGUUGCCGUGUGCUGGCCCACGUGUCCUCCUUUUUAUACAUACAGUUCCAGUCAAAAGUUUGGACACACCUACUCAUUCAAAGGUUUUUCUUUAUUUUUACUAUUUUAUACAUUUGUAGAAUCAUAUUUAAGACAUCCAAACGAUGAAAUAUCACAUAUGGAAUCAUGUAGAUAACCAAUAGUGUUAAACAAAUAUAAACAAAUAAAAAUGUUAUUUGAGAUUCUUCAAAUUAGCCACCCUUUGCGUUGAUGACAGCUUUGCACACUUUUGGCAUUUUAUCAACCAGCUUCAUGAGGAAUGCUUUUCCAACAGUCUUGAAGGAAUUCCCACAUAUGCUGAGCACUUGUUGGCUGCUUUUCCUUCACUCUGCAGUCCAACUCAACCAAAUUGAGAUGGUUGGAAUGAGGUCGGGUGAUUGUGGGGGCUAGGUUGUCUGAUGCAGCACUCCAUCACUGCUUCUUGGUCAAAUAGCCCUUACACAGCCUGGAGGUGUGUUGGGUCAUUGUCCUGUUGAUAAACAAAUGAUAGUCCCACUAAGCGCAAACUAGAUGGGAUGGUGAAUCGCUCCAGAAUGCUGUGGUAAGCAUGCCUUGAAUUCUAAAUAAAUCACGGACAGUGUCAUCAGCAAAGCACCAUCACACCACCUCCUCCAUGCUUCACGGUGGAAACCACACAUGCGGCGAUCAUCCGUUCACCUACUGUGUCUCAAAGAGGUUGGUUGGAACAAAAAUCUCAAAUUUGGACUGAUCAAGACCAAAGGACAGAUUUCCACAGUUCUAAUGUCCAUUGCUCGUGUUUCUUGGCACAAGCAAGUCUCUUCUUAUUGGUGUCUUUUAGUAGUGAAGUCUUUGCAGCAACUCAACCAGGAAGGCCUGAUUUGACGCAGUCUCUGAACAGUUGUGUCUGUUACUUGAACUGUGUGAAGCAUUUAUUUGGGCUGCAAUUUCUGAGGCUGGUAACUCUAAAGAACUUGUCCUAUGCAGCAGAGGUAACUCUGGGUCUUACUUUCCUUUGGUGGUUCUUAUGAGAGCCAGUUAAUUCAUAGCGCUUGAUGGUUUUUGCAGCUGCACUUGAAGAAACUUUCAAAGUUCUUGACUGUCGUUUCUCUUUGCUUAUUUGAGCUGUUCGUGCCCUAAUAUGGACUUGGUAUUUUACCAAAUAGGGCUAUCUUCUGUAUACCACCCCUACCUUGUCACAACACAUUAAGGAAAGAAGUUCCACACACCUGUUAAUUGAAAUGCAUUCCAGGUGACUACCUCAUGAAGCUGGUUGAGAGAAUGCCAAGCAUGUGCAAAGCUGUCAAGGCACAGGGUGGCUUCUUUGAUUUGUUUAACACAUGAUUCCAUAUGUGUUAUUUCAUAGUACAAUGUAGUAAAAAUAAAAACCCUGGAAUGAGUGUGCAUAUACAGUGGGGAGAACAAGUAUUUGAUACACUGCCGAUUUUGCAGGUUUUCCAACUUACAAAGCAUGUAGAGGUCUGUAAUUUCUAUCAUAGGUACACUUCAACAGUGAGAGACGAAAUCUAAAACAAAAAUCCAGAAAAUCACGUAUGAUUUUUAAUUAAUUUGCAUUUUAUUGCAUGACAUAAGUAUUUGAUACAUCAGAAAAGCAGAACUUAAUAUUUGGUACAGAAACCUUUGUUUGCAAUUACAGAGAUCAUACGUUUCCUGUAGUUCUUGACCAGGUUUGCACACACUGCAGCAGGGAUUUUGGCCCACUCCUCCAUACAUACCUUCUCCCGAUCCUUCAGGUUUCGGGGCUGUCGCUGGGCAAUACGGACUUUCAGCUCCCUCCAAAGAUUUUCUAUUGGGUUCAGGUCUGGAGACUGGCUAGGCCACUCCAGGACCUUGAGAUGCUUCUUACGGAGCCACUCCUUAGUUGCUGUAUGUUUCGGGUCGUUGUCAUGCUGGAAGACCCAGCCACAACCCAUCUUCAAUGCUCUUACUGAGGGAAGGAGGUUGUUGGCCAAGAUCUCGCGAUACAUGGCCCCAUCCAUCCUCCCCUCAAUACGGUGCAGUCAUCCUGUCCCCUUUGCAGAAAAGCAUCCCCAAAGAAUGAUGUUUCCACCUCCAUGCUUCACGGUUGGGAUGGUGUUCUUGGGGUUGUACUCAUCCUUCUUCUUCCUCCAAACACGGCGAGUGGAGUUUAGACCGAAAAGCUCUAUUUUUGUCUCACAUGACCUUCUCCCAUUCCUCCUCUGGAUCAUCCAGAUGGUCAUUGGUAAACUUCUUGUUUUUCUUUGAGACUGUGGUCCCAGCUCUCUUCAGGUCAUUGACCAGGUCCUGCCGUGUAGUUCUGAGCGGAUCCCUCACGAUCAUUGAUGCCCCACGAGGUGAGAUCUUGCAUGGAGCCCCAGACCUGAUCGCGAGAUCUUGGCCAACAACCUCCUUCCCUCAGUAAGAGCAUUGAAGAUGGGUUGUGGCUGGG